AUGCAGCGCGGCGAGUCCAAGAUCCGGUACGACCCAACGGACCACGCUAAGAAGCAGCUCGCAGCCAAGGAGCGCGCCAAGGAGCUCCGCGAUGCGCGCCAGCGUGGCGUCGUCAACGAGGCCUGCACCUUUGCGCCCAAAGUCAAUCCGCGCCGCGAAGCCGACAACAACCACGAAGAGCAGUCGACGUCGGCGCCACCCGGGUCGCCACCAAUCCGAUCCAAGUUUAAUGCGACGCAGCCGCCGCCGUCGCCGCCGAUCAAGUCCAAGUUUCAGGCCACUGCGCAGCGUGACGCGAGCCCGCCGCCAUCGCCGCCCAAGCGCCAAGCCAGCACGCUGCGCAAGCCAAACAACCAGCGCGUCCACGCCAACGACUCGUCCGACUCGCUCGACUCGCUCGCCGGGAACUACUCUCGGCCCACGUCGAAAUCCAAGGCCGCGCCGCUGCCCGAGCCCGAAGAACCUCAGCACGACGCGCUCUCGCACGAGCUCAAAUCUCGCACAGGCAAAGCGAUACCACGCGAAUCCAAGCCCAAGGCGGCGGCCGCGCCUCCCGCCGAGUGUCUUCGCAACUCGUCGUGCACGUGCCGCCAGUGCGACCCAAGCGCAACACCAGCGCCAUUGGCGCGCCAGCGGCAAAUGAAGCCGGCGCCCGCAGCCGACACCACCGUGGACCAGAGCUCGCUCAUCUUGCUCAAGUCGAAAAUGUCGCGUCGAAAGAGCCGCAGUGCCCCGACGCAUGCAGCCUCGAUGUUUGUCGACGAAGACAAACCUCGCCAGGUCAUGCACUCGGCCCGGGACCCGCCGACCAAGCCGCUGCCCGUGCGAGCGCCGCCAGCCCGCGUCGUGCAGGAAGAUCCACCCAUGGCUGCAUCGUCCAACGUCUUUUCCGGUGUCCCUGACGGCGAGAGCGAAGUGCAGGACGACGGCGCCAACCACACGUGUCCCGACUGCCAGCGCCGGUUCAAUGCGACCGCGUUUGCCAAGCACCAGAAAAUUUGCAAAAAAGUGUUUUCGGGCCCCAAAAAAGUCUUCAACAUGGCGGCGGCGCGUCUCAAAGGCACAGAAGUCGAGAAGCUUUUGCAAGAGAAGGGCAUGUCGCUCAAGGCCGUGACCGCGCCCAACGCCAAAGCGCUCUCCAAGGAGGAGCAAGCCAUCAAGGCCAAGAAGGACGACUGGAAGAAGAAGAGCAAUGCGUUCCGAGAUGCGAUUAAGGGCAGUCGCGAGUACGAGCAAGCGAAGAAGGAGGGCCGAGCACUGCCGCCGCCAAAACCCGCCGAGGUCGACUCGAGUUUGAUUCAGUGUUCGUACUGCUCGCGCCGCUUCAACGAUAAGGCAGCCGAGCGCCACAUUCCUUACUGCAAGGAAAAGUCCGAGCGCUCGGGGGGUGGGGCUAAAAAGCCGGCCGCAAAACCCGCCGCCAAGGCCGCGCCACCACCCAAGCCCGCGGCGCCUUCCAAGACCAAGAAGAAGUAG